AUGCCGAUCGAAUUGCCUGUUGAUAUGUUAAAUAAACCUUUGUCAGAGAUUGUUUUCAGAAGAAAAAAUAAUGUUUUAUUCAAGAAAUUAGCUCAAAAGACUCAUUUCAAUGUGAGAGAAAUCGAAGCGUUAGCUGUUAUACAUAGAAAAAUAACACAAACUUUGGGUCCUAUGACAAGAAUGGUAUUUAGAGAUGUUUUGCAUUCUGGUUUGGAUUUUACUGAAAACAUUCGGCAUCUAUAUAUCGACAGAAUUUUCUCUGCAUUUGACAAGAAGAACGUGUUGCAAAUAUAUGAUUUUAUGCAUACGAACAAAAUAAAGAAAGAACAAGUAUUUCCAUCAAUGCGAGGUUGCUUGAUCAAACUAGAAACAGACGAAGAUCCUGAUGAUGCUGUGAAGGAUUUGCUUGAUUUACUGUUGAAAAAGCUCGACGUCAAUCGCGACGGUGUAAUAUCCGAAGAAGAAUUUUGUAGGGCCGUAAAAGAAAGAAAUCUACUGUUGCUAGAAUGUAUGGGACCGGUGUUCCCGUCUAGAGUAGCGCGACGAACAUUUUUGAGCACAUUCACUGAUCGCCUUGGACGAUUUUGA